AUGCGGAACCGAGCUCCUGCUCGAACUCUUUUCCACCAGCCGCACAGCGACAAUGAUACAGUAAAUUCAACUCGAACACUUUGUGAUUCGGAUAUAGAGUAUCUCACAAUCUACGGAAGGCGAUACUGUGGGGAAUACUACAAGCCAAAUGACGAAGAAGAGCAAGACCGAGAAGGAAUGCUUCAUGAGAUCUUCAAGAAGAUCUUCGACAACCGCCUUACCUCAGUCCCUCUCCAUAACCCGACAAAGAUCCUAGACAUUGGAACGGGCACAGGAGAAUGGGCAAUGGACAUGGGGGAUGAAUUUCCAAAUGCGGAGGUAAUUGGUACAGAUAUCGCGAAAAUUCAGCCAGACGCGGCUCCCUCGAACGUCUUUUUCCAAAUUGACGAUGCCGAAGACGAAGAAUGGACCUGGGAAGACGAUUUCGAUCUUGUGCAUCUACGCAGUAUGCAGGGGGCUUUCAUGGAUUGGCAACGCAUAUACAAAGAGGCAUUCAAGGUUCUGAAAAAAGGGGGCUGGAUCGAAAUUCUCGACUUCGACAACCAUACUAGGCUAAUGAGUUAUCUUAGUGACGGCCCUGAUGCAGCGGCGUGGCUGGCUGCACUCAACGAGGCAUCCAGGCGAUCUGGCAGGCCAAGAGGUGACGCUCAUCUCAAUCCGGAAGUUCUCAGAAAAAUUGGAUUUGUGGAUGUGAGUGUUUCGGAAAGGACCAUACCGACGGGAGCCUGGCCUGAAAGCCCAGAAGACCAAAACACUGGGAAAUGGUUCUUGGUCACAAUGUUGAAUGGCAUAGAGGCGACUUCGCUUCGCCCUCUCACAGAACAUAUGGGUUGGGAAAUAGAAGAUGUUAGAAAAAUCGUUAGAUUUGUUGAGACCCGAAUGAAGGCUAUAGCCAUGGAUAAACAUAAGUCCAAAGGGAUGGGCUUUGUAAUCAAGACACUGGUGGGAAUGAAACCGAGCGACGAGGGUAUCCCUGAAGUUGAUGUGCCUGACGAGGAGAGCAUAAGAACCAUGAAAAAGUUCAAUGGGGAUAUCUCCUCCGGCAAGUAA